AUGAUGAGAAUAAAUCUUCUUUUCAUUUUGCAAAUUUCCUUGUUAAAUUCCAUAAAAUGUAUUCAUUUUUAUAAAGAUGAAAUUCUUUUCUCUGAUCGAACAUAUCCAAAUUAUAAAUUUCAUGUUCUCCAUCAUUUAUCUGGAAUUUCUCCAUAUUUCUCUUCAAAUACUGAUAAAUUAAGUCCUUCAAUACCUUCGGAAUGUUUAGUUGAUAAAACAGCUUAUUUAAUUCGUCAUGGUUCAGUUUAUGUCGAUGAUUAUGAUUAUUUAAAAAUUAUUGAACCAUUUUUAAAACGAAUUAAAAGUCAAAAUUUUAGUCAAUCGAAUAUUUUUUCCUUUUUAUCUCAAUGGAAGAGUCCAAUAACAAAUUCAAAGAAACAAAUUGAAAAAUUAACUCGAUAUGGUUAUUUUGAAGCUUAUCAAUUUGGUAUUGAACUUUCAUAUCGUUAUAAACAUCUUUUACCUAAAAACAAUUCGAAUUCUUUUCGAAUCUGGACAGCAUCAUCAUCACGAACUUAUCAAAGUGCUUUAGCGAUCUCUCAAGGUCUUUUUCAAGGUGAAAAAACAUCAGCAAAAUUAAUUUCCAUUUCUGAAAAGAAAUCACGUGGUGGAAAUACUUUAACACCAACAAAAUCUUGUCAUAAAUAUAAUGCAUCAAAAGGUUCAAUUGAAGCCAAUUAUUGGUUAAAAAUUUAUACAAAAUCAAUUUUAAAAAAAUUUAAUAAAAAUAUUUCAAAUUUUCAAUUUAUUCCUGAAGAUAUUUUAGCCAUGCAAGAAUUAUGUGGAUAUGAAACAAUUAUUAAAGGACAAUCGAAAUUUUGUCGUUUAUUUUCAUCUGAAGAUUGGAUUUCAUUUGAAUAUUAUUUUGAUUUAAAAUAUUUUUAUGAAAUUUCUUAUGGAAAUUAUUUAUCAACAUAUUUAGGAAUGCCUUGGAUUAAAGCAACAAUCGAUCUUUUUUUCAAAGAAAAACAAACAAAACAAAAUCUUUUUUUAUCAAUUACUCAUCGAGAAAUGUUUCCUUUAAUUUUAAAUGCUUUAGGAUUAUUUAAUCAAACAAAUUUAUCAUUAAAUCAAAUUGAUCAUCAAAGAUUAUGGAAAACAAGUGAAAUUCUUCCAUUUUUAGCGAGAAUUGCUUUUGAAAGAUUACAAUGUGGUACGGAAAUAUUCAUUCGAAUAUUAAUUAAUUCAACACCAAAACCCAUUCCAUAUUGUUCACAAGGACCAGGACAAUCUUGUCCUUUAUCUCUUUUUCUAAAUUAUAUUCAACAACGUUAUCUCAAAUUUAAAGAUUUUUCACAAAUUUGUCAGAAUCAAAAUCAAAUUAAUCAUUUCACAUUUUUUAAUUAG